GACAAGGUCAAGAGAAGGAACGGGACUUCUGGUGCUGGCUUGAAACAAAGCAAGAGCCAAUGUUUCCCCCCUCUUUUUAGAGCACCGGACGGGAUCCUUUGCGAUGCUCCGCGUGGGGGACUGAGCCGAACACAUAGUUUAGGGAGCAAGGAAAGGAAGAACAUGCGUUCCCACAGUCUCGUCUGCCUGUGGGCUGCGGGAUUGUCUGCAUCAGUAUUUUGGGCUCUCCUGUUUUCUCCUUGCUCUGCGCAAGAUGCUGCUGUCGAACUGGAGAUGGAAGGCACCGCCGAAGAAAUUCCGGAAGGCGCGUCCACCUUGGCGUUCGUGUUUGAUGUGACGGGCUCAAUGUACGAUGACCUGGUGCAGGUGAUCGAGGGAGCCUCCAAAAUUUUGGAGACCUCUUUGAAGAGACCCAAGAGGCCACUUUACAACUUUGCCCUGGUCCCUUUCCAUGAUCCAGAAAUUGGUCCUGUAACAGUUACCACAGAUCCAAAGAAAUUUCAGUAUGAACUCAGGGAACUUUAUGUUCAGGGAGGUGGUGACUGUCCAGAGAUGAGCAUUGGAGCCAUCAAAAUUGCCCUGGAAAUUUCUCUUCCUGGUUCAUUCAUCUAUGUGUUUACUGAUGCACGGUCCAAGGACUACAAGUUGACCCAUGAAGUCUUGCAGCUGAUUCAGCAGAAGCAGUCCCAGGUUGUGUUUGUUCUAACAGGAGACUGCGAUGACAGAACGCAUAUCGGUUACAAGGUCUAUGAAGAAAUUGCAUCAACAAGUUCUGGCCAAGUUUUUCACUUGGACAAAAAACAAGUCAAUGAGGUUCUGAAAUGGGUAGAAGAAGCUGUACAGGCUUCCAAAGUUCAUCUCUUGUCCACGGACCAACUGGAAUCAGCAGCAAACACCUGGCAAAUACCUUUUGACCCUAGCUUGAAAGAGGUCACAGUGUCCCUGAGUGGUCCUUCUCCAGAGAUUGAAGUCCAUGAUCCUUUAGGUAAACUUUUAAAGAAAGGAUCUGGCUUGAACGAGUUGCUCAAUAUCGAAAACUCUGCUAAGGUAGUGAACAUAAAAGACCCUGAGCCUGGGAUGUGGACAAUUAAGACAUCAAGUAGUGAACGCCAUUCAGUUCGUAUCACCGGUCUUAGUACUAUAGACUUCAGAGCUGGAUUUUCUAGAAAGCCCACACUAGACUUCAGAAUGACUUCCAGCAGGCCAGUGCAAGGGAUUCCUACCUACAUUCUGCUAAACACUACAGGGAUCCAUCUUCCUGCUCGGGUGGACCGUCUAGAGCUGCUCAGUAUCGCCGGAGACCUUCUGAAGACCCUUCCUGUGAAAUAUUUCCCCGAGAGAAAACCUUAUGGAAUCUGGAAUAUCACUGAAUUUAUUCCACCCAGUGAUCCCUUCUUUCUUAAAAUAACUGGUUAUGACAAAAAUGAUUACCUCUUCCAGAGAGUUUCAAGUGUUUCAUUUUCUAAUAUCAUUCCUGAUGCUCCAAAAGUAAGCAUGCUCAAGAAAACCCCAGGAUAUUACCUGCAGCCAGGUCACAUUCUGUGUAACGUAGCCAGUCUUAUACCUUUUACUGUGCAUUUCAGCAGAAAUGGAAUUCAACUUGGAAUGGACCAGUUUUUCAAAGAAUCUGCUAGUGUGAACUGGGAGCUUGCCAAGGUGUCUCUCUCGGAUGAGGGUUACUAUGAAUGUAUCGCUAGCAGCCAUGCAGGCACCGGACGGGCACAGACAUUUUUGGAUGUGUCAGAACCUCCACCUGUCGUGAAGGUGCCUAAUAAUGUCACGGUCACACCCGGUGAUCGAGCCAUAUUGACAUGCUUAGCGGUGAGCACGGUGAGUUACAAUCUCACCUGGCACAGAAAUGGCCGAGAUCUGAAACUUUUGGAGCCCGCCAGAAUCAAAAUGAUGAGCAAUCUUUCUCUUGAAGUCAAAGCAGUCAAACUCUCAGAUGCUGGCGAGUACAGGUGCGUGGCUGCUAAUGAAGGUGGAUCCACAGUGGCAUCUGUUUUCCUUACAGUGCAAGAACCACCCCGAGUGACCGUCUCGCCCAAGAAUCAGACGUUCACUGAAGGGUCUGAGGUCUCUAUUAGGUGCUCUGCAACUGGCCACCCAAAGCCCACGAUCGUGUGGACACACAAUGAUAUGUUUCUCAUGACUUCCCACAGGUACAGGUUGACUCCUGAAGGGACCUUGAUUAUAAAAAAUGCAGUCCUCAAAGAUGCAGGACUAUAUGGCUGUUUGGCCAGUAAUGCAGCUGGAACAGUCAAGGAGACAAGCAUCCUCACUUACGUGGAGGCCCCCACCCUGACUGUUGUUCGAAGUGAACUUCUGAUUGCUCUUGGAGACACCACCAUGAUGGAAUGCAAAAGCACCGGUGUUCCACCUCCACAGGUUAAAUGGUUUAAAGGUGAUUUAGAGUUGAGGGCAUCGAAAUUUCUUAUUAUUGACUUCCACCGUGGCCUUCUGAAGAUUGAGGAAACGCAGGACUUGGAUGCUGGCGAUUAUUUGUGCAUCGCGACCAAUAUUGUGGGGAGCGUGUCUGGCAAGAUCACCCUGGAUGUUGGCUCUCCUCCAGUUUUCACCCAAGAGCCUAGUGAUGAAUCGGGGGAUAUUGGCUCCAAUGUGACAAUGGCAUGUUAUGUCCAGGGUUACCCAGAACCAAAGGUGAAGUGGCGUCGGCUGGAUGGUGCGCCGCUUUUCUCCAGGCAUUCUGCAGUUAGUUCCAUAAGUCAGCUAAGAACAGGAGCCCUUUCUAUUAACAAUUUAUGGGUUAAUGAUGAGGGGACCUAUAUCUGUGAAGCUGAAAACCAGUUUGGGAAGAUUGUCUCGCAGCCAGCUACGCUUACAGUGACGGGACUUGUUGCACCUCUAAUUGGGAUGAGCCCAGCAGCUGCUAAUGUCAUUGAAGGUCAACAGCUGACUUUGCCCUGUGUGUUGCUGGCAGGAAACCCUAUCCCAGAGCGCAAGUGGAUCAAGAAUAAUAUGGUGGUGGUCCAAACUCCCUACAUCAAUGUUCGUAGUGAUGGGAGUUUGCAUCUUGAAAGGGUUCGGCUGCAGGAUGCUGGAGACUAUACCUGCAUGGCAAGCAACGUUGCUGGGACCAACAACAAGACUACUGCUGUCCGUGUCUUUGUGCUACCCAUAAUUCAGCACGGGCAGCAGAUAUUCAGUACCAUAGAAGACAGUCCAGUUACACUGCCCUGCAAAGCCAGUGGAGUUCCCAAGCCAUCGAUAGUCUGGUCCAAGAAAGGAGAAGUGAUCCCUCCCAGUAGUCCAAAUUUUUCUGCAGGGUCCGAUGGGAGUUUGCAUGUAAUUUCUCCAGGAGGUGAGGAUUCUGGGGAAUACAUCUGUACCGCGACAAAUGCAGCAGGGUAUGUGACCCGGAAAGUCCAGCUGACUGUCUAUGUGAAACCAAGGAUAUCCAGGCCUGGCAAUCAGCAAGGAAUUUCACCAGCGAACCCAAUCGAGAUGUCUGUGAUUGCUGGGGAAGGCAUCGUCCUUCCCUGUGAGGUGAAAAGCUUGCCACCCCCUAUCAUCACCUGGGCUAAAGAAACGCAGCUCAUCUCUCCGUUCUCACCAAGACACACCUUCCUCUCCUCUGGUUCAAUGCAGAUCAGUGAGGCUCGGGUUUCAGACAGUGGCAUGUAUAUUUGUGUGGCCACGAACAUUGCUGGGAACGCGACUCAGUUAGUGAAACUGACGGUACACGUUCCUCCAAAGAUCCAACGUGGGGCCCGAGUAAUGAAAGUCAAAGUUGGUUACAGGAUUGAUAUACCUUGCAAUGCUCAAGGAAUCCCACCUCCAACGAUCACCUGGCUUAAAGACCAGAAUCCCCUUUCAGUGGAUGGCAGGCAGCACAGCAUCUCUGCAGAUGGGACUCUGAGCAUCGCAAACAUCCUGCUUUCAGACUCUGGAAGCUACACAUGUGUGGCAAGUAACAUUGCCGGCCACGAUGAAGUGGAGAUAAAAAUCCAUGUUCAAGAGUCUCCCACUGUAACUGUGCUUGACCCUCCGUACAACAUGCCAUUGCAAGAAAGAAUCGCGAACCAGCGGAUUGCCUUCCCAUGUCCAGCCAAAGGUACGCCCAAACCUGUUAUAAAGUGGCUGCAUAACAACAGGGAACUCACCGGUAAUGAGCCCGGUAUUUCAGUCUUAGAAGAUGGAGCACUGCUGGUUAUUGAUUCAGCCAUGCCACACAACAACGGGGAAUAUGUCUGUGUUGCAGUCAACGAAGCAGGAAGCACAGAAAGAACAUAUGAUCUGAAAGUUCAUGUUCCACCUGAAAUCAGAGAUCAAGACAAGGUGACAAAUGCAUCCGUGACCAUUAAUCAACCCAUAAGUCUGUCUUGUGAGGUUUCUGGCAACCCAUUUCCCAUUGUCACUUGGUAUAAAGAUGAUGUCCAGGUGGUGGAGAGCAGCACUUUGCAGGUUUUGAACAAUGGGAAGCUGCUGAAGCUUCUUAACGUUGCUUCUGGAGAUGCUGGUCAGUACUCGUGUAAAGCCACCAAUAUAGCAGGGAGCUCCGAGAAGUUCUUCGCUGUAGAUGUGCGAGUCCCACCCACUAUAAGAGGAGCCGAUUCACCUGGAGAACUUGCAGUCAUCCUCAACCAAGAUGCCACUUUGGAAUGCCAAGUCAGCGGCUCUCCCUUUCCCAUCAUCCAGUGGUUUAAAGAUGGCAAGCCGCUCUUCUUAGGUGAUCCUAAUAUUGAGCUUUUGGACAAAGGUCAGAUCCUGUACAUUAAGAGUGCUCGGAGAACUGACAAAGGGCGCUAUCAAUGCAGUGCAGCCAAUUCUGCUGGAAAACAGCUUAAGGAACUCAGGGUCAUUGUCCAUGUCCCACCUGCCAUUAAAGGAGGAAAUGUUACCACUGAGGUGUCAACACUGCUAAACAGCUUGGUCAAGCUGGCCUGUGAGACCCGAGGGAUCCCAGCUCCUGUCAUAACGUGGUAUAAAGAUGGGCACCCAAUUAUAUCCAGCCCGCAUGCCAUUUAUUUGGAAAGGGGCCAAUUUCUUCAGAUUCCAAGUGCUCAAGUCUCCGAUUCUGCUAGUUACAUCUGCCAAGCAACCAACAUAGCUGGAGUGGCUGAAAAAUCGUUCCAAGUGGAUGUCUAUGUUCCUCCGGUUAUUGAGGGUGACCCUGAAACUAUCCAGAACAAGCAAGUGGUUACUGGCAGCUCGCUGGUGUUGGAGUGCAAUGCAGCCGGCAACCCACCUCCCUUGCUGACUUGGCUGAAGGAUGGAGUACCUGUGAAAGUGAGCGACAACCUGCACAUUGUGUCUGGCGGAAGGAAGCUGGAGAUCCUGAAUGCUGGAGAGGCUGACCGGGGCCAGUAUGUGUGUGUGGCUACCAGCAUAGCAGGAGAAAAGGAAAUCAAAUACGAUGUAGAAAUCCUAGUCCCACCAAAUAUGGAAGGGGGCAAUGAUUCUUCAGACUACAUUGUGAUUCUUCACAGUCCCCUGGAGUUGGACUGUCCUGCUACAGGAGUUCCAUUGCCAACAAUCACAUGGUUGAAAAAUGGCCAGCCCAUCGAAGGGGGAGUUGGAUACAAGCUCUUACUCAAUGGACACAAGCUUCUCCUCUCACGGGCCGACGUGUCAGACACCGGCCGUUAUCAGUGCAUUGCGACAAACAAGGCAGGCGAUAACAAAAGGGAAUUUGAUGUGACUGUGCAUGUUCCUCCAACAAUCAAAUCAUCUGGCCCUCCAGAGAGAUCUGUGGUGAUUCAUAAGCCGGUAACGCUUCAGUGUAUAGCCAAUGGCAUCCCCGUCCCUUCUAUCACGUGGUUAAAAGACAGCCAGCCUGUAAACACAGCUCGAGCCAAUAUUAGACUGGAAUCUUCGGGACGCAUUCUGCAGAUCGCCAAGUCUCUUGCAGAAGAUGCUGGAAGAUACACCUGUGUAGCAACAAAUGCAGCGGGCGAAGCUCAGCAACAUCUCCGGCUCCAUGUGUAUGAGCCACCUAGCCUGAAGGAUCCAGGGAAGAUGAUAAAUGAAACUGUGAUUGUGAACAAUCCAGUACAGCUGGAGUGCAAAGCAGCCGGGAAUCCCUUUCCAGUCAUCACAUGGUACAAGGAUAACCGCCUUCUCACCGCGACGGGCAGCAUCACUUUCUUGGACAGAGGGCAAGUCGUGCAGCUUGAUGGCGCCCAGAUCUCUGACGCUGGCAUUUAUAAAUGCAUCGUGGCAAAUGCAGCAGGGGUAGCCGAGUUGUUCUACAGCCUUCAGGUUCACGUUCCACCCUCCAUUUCCGGCAGCGAUGAAAUGGUAACUGUUGUGGUUAAUAAUCUGGUGAGGUUGGAAUGUGAAGCUCGCGGAAUCCCUCUUCCCAUUCUGACCUGGCUGAAGGAUGGCAGCCCCGUUUCUAGCUUUGCAAAUGGACUCCAGAUUCUUUCUGGAGGUCGCAUCCUGGCAUUGACGAGUGCACAGAUCAGUGAUACAGGAAGGUACACGUGUGUUGCAGUAAAUGCAGCCGGGGAGAACCAAAGGGAUAUUGAUCUCAGAGUUCAUGUUCCACCCAGCAUCAUGGGAGAAGAGCAGAAUGUCUCUGUGGUCAUGGGAGAAGACCUGGAGCUCCACUGCCAGAGCAGUGCCGUUCCCCCGCCCAUCCUGCUGUGGCUGAAGGACGGCCGGCGGCUGCUGCUGAAGAAGCAGGGGCUCAGCAUCACUGAGGAUGGAAGUGUCUUGAAGAUCAAAGGAGCUCGAGUACAAGAUACUGGGCGCUACACUUGUGAAGCGACAAACAUUGCUGGGAAAACAGAAAAGAAUUACAACGUCAAUGUAUGGGUGCCACCAAGUAUUUACAAUUCAGAUAUACUUACUGAGAUGACUGCAAUUGAAGGGAACCUCAUCAGUAUGAUAUGCGAGUCCAGUGGAAUCCCGCCACCAGCCCUCAGCUGGACAAAGAAUGGUUCUCCACUGCUGGCUGACCCUGCAGGAAGGGCCAGGAUGUUAUCUGGAGGAAGGCAGCUACAAAUUUCUGUUGCAGAGAAAUCAGAUACAGCCUCAUACAUGUGUACGGCUUCAAACAUAGCUGGACUAGCAAAGAAGGAAUAUAAUUUACUAGUCUACGUUCGUCCAACUAUAUUGGACAGCAGGAACCCACAAUCGGAUGUAACUGUGACCCAAGGGAAAAAUAUUUCCUUAGAAUGCAAGGCGGAGGGUAUCCCACAGCCAGUUGUCUCCUGGAUGAAGGAUGCUCGGCCAUUAGUCAAUGGGAGAGGAGUUGAAAUACUGAAUGAAGGACGUCGUCUUCGGCUGACGCACGCUCAGGUGUCGGACAUUGGCCGCUAUGUGUGCAUUGCUGUGAAUGUGGCAGGACUGGCUGACAGGAAAUAUGACUUGAGCGUUCAUGUCCCACCGAGUAUUGCAGGUGACUUGGCUGUGCCUGAAAAUAUCAGCAUAGUGGAGAAAAACCCUGUCACCCUGGUUUGCGAAGCUUCAGGAAUUCCCCAUCCUUCGAUAACAUGGUUGAAGUUUGGGCAGCCUGUCUCUUUGGGUAGCGCUGUGAGAAUCCUAUCAGGUGGAAGAAUGUUGCGCUUAAUGCAGGUGAAUGUAGAAGACUCAGGUCGUUACACCUGUGUGGUGACAAACCUUGUGGGAGAGGAAAGGAAAAGCUUUGACCUUUCUGUUUUAGUUCCACCCAACAUUGCUGGAGAAACUGAACUGGAAGAGGUGAAAGUGAAGGAAAAGCAGAGUGUUGUGCUCACAUGUGAAGCUACAGGGAACCCCAUUCCAGAGGUUACAUGGUUAAAAGAUGGGCAACCUUUUCAAGAGGCUGAUGGUCAUCAAUUAAUGUCUAAUGGACACUUACUUCACCUGAUAAAUGCACAAGUAGCAGACACGGGGCGAUAUACCUGCAUUGCAUCCAAUUCUGCUGGAGACAAGAGCAAAAGCUUUAGUGUUAAUGUACUUGUGUCUCCAUUCAUUGUGGGUGCAGAUAAAGAUGGGGGCACAGAAGAGGUCACAGUCAUCUUGAAUAACCCCACAUCCCUGGUUUGUGAGGCUUACUCCCAUCCCCCAGCCAUGAUCACCUGGCUUAAAGAUGGCGCUCCUAUUGAAUCAAAUAAGAACAUCAGGAUUCUGCCAGGUGGUCGAAACCUCCAGAUUCUGAAUGCACAGGAGCAUAACAUAGGUAGAUACACCUGCACAGCUACGAAUGAAGCAGGGGAGACGUUAAAGCACUAUGAAGUGAAAGUCUACAUUCCUCCCACGAUAAGCAGAGGGGAUUUGGCAGAAGUGAGUCUCUCCCCGAAAGAGGUGAAGAUCAGAGUGAACAACAGCCUGACGCUGGAAUGCGUUGCCCACGCAAUCCCUGCCGCGGGCAUCCGAUGGUACAAGAAUGGACAGCUUAUUGCAUCAGAUGAUCAUUUAACCAUCCAAGGCAUGGGACGCAUCCUGCAAAUCAAGGCAGCUCAGAUAUCUGACACCGGCCGUUACAGUUGUGUAGCCACAAAUAUAGCUGGAGAGGAUGAGCUGGAGUUUGAUGUCAACGUCCAAGUUCCUCCUAGUUUCCAAAAACCACAUGAAGUCUGGGAAGUUGGUGAUGUGCACCGAGGAGAAGCCAGAAAUGUGAUCAUGAACAAUCCUCUUUCUUUAUACUGUGAGACGAAUGCUGUGCCCCCUCCAGUUCUUACAUGGUAUAAGGAUGGUUAUCCCCUAAGUUCCAGUGAUAAAGCAUUGAUAGUGCCAGGGGGUCGGGUAUUGCAGAUCUCACGAGCGCAGAGUGAAGAUGCUGGGAGAUACACAUGCGUGGCUGCAAAUGAGGCAGGGGAGGAUUCCAUCCACUAUGAUGUCUACGUGCUUUUGCCACCAUCUAUCUAUGGAACCAACAGAGAUAUCCCCAAAGAGGUGACUGUGCUUAUGAGCAAGAUGGCAAUGCUGGAAUGCAUGGCCAGUGGCAACCCAACUCCAACCAUAACCUGGCAGAAAGAUGGGCAGCUCUUAGCCGGAGAUUCCCAGCACAAAAUUUUAGCUGGCGGAAGCACACUCCAGAUCCUCAAUUCCCAAAUAACAGAUACAGGCAGGUAUGUCUGUAUUGUGGAGAACAUGGCAGGAAGUGCCAAAAAAUAUUUUAAUCUUAAUGUUCAUGUUCCUCCAAGUAUUGUUGGCCUUAAUCCUGAGAAUUUAACUGUUGUGAUGAAUAACUUCAUCUCCUUGACCUGUGAGGUCACCGGCUUUCCACCGCCAGAUCUCAGUUGGCUCAAAAAUGGAAAACCUCUCAGCUUGAACACAAAUGCUCUUAUCAUACCCGGUGGUCACACACUGCAGAUUCCAAGGGCACGUCUGUCUGAUGGUGGAGAAUAUAUUUGCAUAGCCAGAAACAGUGCUGGGGAAAGCCGGAGAAGGAGUUUCCUUACUGUUUUUGUGCCUCCGAGCAUUAAAGACCACAGUGGCACAGCUCUUGCAGUGGUGAACGUGAGAGAGGGGAUGCCGGUGACAUUAGAGUGUGACUCGAAUGCUGUUCCUCCUCCCGUCAUCACCUGGUACAAAAACGGAGACGUGAUCACAAUGUCAUCUCAUGCAGAGAUCAUAGCAGAUGGACAAAUGCUUCAAAUCAAGGCUGCUGAGGUGUCCGACACUGGCCACUAUGUGUGUAAAGCCAUUAAUAUUGCUGGACGUGAUGACAAAAAUUUCCAUCUCAAUGUGCAUGUUCCACCCAGCAUUGAAGGCCCUGAAGAAGAGUGGAUCAAUGAAACCAUCAGUAACCCUGUGACUUUCACAUGUGAUGCUACUGGAAUUCCUCCACCGUUGAUAACAUGGCUCAAGAAUGGAAAGCCACUUGAACACUCUGCCUCCCUUGAAAUGCAUAUUUUGUCUGGAGGCAGCAAGCUGCAAAUUGCCAGAUCUCAAUAUUUGGAUAAUGGGAAUUACUCCUGUAUUGCCUCAAAUGUAGAAGGCAAAGCUGUGAAAUUUUAUCUCCUCUCUGUUCAAGUUCCUCCAGAGAUCACUGGAUCGGAAAUGCCCAGUGAAAUCAGUGUCAUUCUUGGGGAAAAUAUCCAGCUUUCCUGUGAAGCCAGUGGAAUUCCUUCACCAGUCAUCCAGUGGCUGAAAGAUGGAAAACCAUUCACUGAGAAUGAACUUCAGCGGAAAAGCCUGGCUGCAGAUGGGACAGUGCUCAACAUUUUUGGAGCCCUUACAAGUGAUGGAGGAAAAUAUACUUGUGUUGCAACAAACCCUGCAGGGGAAGAAGACCGAAUUUACAGUGUGAAUGUGUACGUCCCACCAGCAAUAAUGAAUAAUAAGGAUAAACCCGAGGACCUAACAGCCUUAGUGGAUACUUCAGUAAACAUUGAAUGCCAAGCUGUGGGCACUCCUCCACCGCAGAUAAAUUGGCUGAAGAACGGGCUCCCUCUCUCCAUCUCUUCACACAUCCGGUUGCUUUCAGCAGGACAAAUUCUCAGGAUUGUGAGAGCACAGAUAGCGGACAAUGGCAUGUACACGUGUGUUGCCUCCAGCAGGGCAGGUGUGGCCAAGAAGCACCAUAGCCUUCAGGUGCACGUUCCACCGAGCAUAGACAAUGGGGGAGGAGCAGAAGAAGUGAUUGUUGUAAAAGGGAAUCCAGUCUCUUUGGUGUGUUUGGCUGAUGGAACACCAACACCGAGUUUGUCAUGGCUUAAGGAUGGCCAGCCAUUACCACUUGGCUUCCAUGUGACACUGGAAAACCAAGGAACAGGUCUUCAAAUAGCAAAGUCGGAGGUUGAUGAUGCAGGCAGAUACACGUGCAUAGCAUCUAACAAAGCUGGAGAAGCUGACAAGCACUAUGUUCUUAAAGUGCUAGAACCCCCCCAUAUAAACGGAUCAGAUCAUCCAGAAGAAAUUUCUAUAGUAGUCAACAACCUGCUAGAGCUGUUUUGUAUUGCUGAUGGUCUUCCAGUCCCCAAAAUCACAUGGAUGAAGGAUGGGCGUCCGCUGCUCUACGCUGAGGACAGUCAUAUCCUGAGAGGAGGGGAGGUUCUUCGAAUAUCCAGUGCCCAAGUAGAAGAUACUGGAAGGUACACAUGUUUGGCUUCUAGCCCUGCAGGAGAUGAUGACAAAGAAUUUUUAGUGAGAGUACAUGUCCCUCCAAAUAUUGCCGGCACAAACGAUCCACACAGUCUCAGCGUCCUGCAGAAUCGGCAAAUAAUACUGGAAUGCAAAUCGGAUGCGGUGCCUCCGCCUACAAUCGUGUGGCUCAAAGAUGGAGAGAUGCUGCAGGCAACUCCCCGAGUUCGCAUCUUGUCCAGUGGGAGAUACCUGCAAAUCAAUAAUGCUGACCUAAGUGAUGCAGCCAACUACACCUGCGUUGCAAGUAAUAUUGCAGGCCAAACCAAAAGAGAGUUCAUGUUGGCUGUAAAUGUUGCGCCUACAAUCAGGGAUGGCCCUCAGACGGUGACAGUGAAUAUCAAUAUGUCUGCCAUCCUGGAGUGCAUUGCAGAAGGCGUCCCAACCCCAAGAGUUUCAUGGAGAAAGGAUGGAACGCUUCUUGCCGGGAACAAUGCCAGAUAUUUAGUGUCAGACAGUGGGUACCUUCACAUCUAUGCAGCGCAUGUUAUGGAUACUGGGCGUUAUCUUUGCAUGGCGUCCAAUGUUGCUGGUACUGAACGCAAGAGAAUUGAUCUCCAUGUCCAUGUUCCCCCAUCCAUCGCUCCUGGGCCUGUAAACAUCACAGUAACUGUGAAUGUCCAAACCACCUUGCCGUGUGAAGCCACUGGGAUCCCUAAGCCAAGAAUAUCCUGGAAGAAGAAUGGACAGUUCCUUAAUGUUGAACAGAAUCAGAACACAUUCAGGCUUUUGUCUUCGGGGUCAGUCGUAAUGAUUUCUCCCACCGUAGAUGACACUGCACUCUAUGAAUGUGUGGUAUCAAAUGAGGCAGGUGAAGAUCAAAGAGCAAUUGCUCUUUCUGUACAAGUGCCGCCAUCCUUAGCUGAUGAAGCAACAGAACUGCUGGUUACCAAGCUGUCUCCAGUAGUGAUCCCCUGCACUGCAUCAGGUGUUCCUUUGCCCACAGUCCACUGGAUGAAGAAUGGAAUAAGACUUCUUCCUCGGGGAGAUGGCUACAGAAUCUUGUCUUCAGGUGCAAUUGAAGUACCUGCUGCUCAACUGAACCAUGCAGGCAGGUACACCUGCAGUGCCCAGAAUGCAGCUGGAUCUGCUCACAGACACAUUGUACUACAUGUUCAGGAGCCACCCACUAUUCGAGUCCAACCUGGAACACUUGAUGUUAUUCUCGACAACUCAGUUCUCUUACCGUGUGAAGCAGUAGGCACGCCUCAUCCGGUAAUCACGUGGCAGAAGGAAGGGGUCAGUGUUAUCCCAACAGGGAAUAGUUAUACAAUUCUUCCCAACGGAAGUUUGCAGAUUUUAAAAGCUACCUCUGAAGAUGCUGGGACUUAUCUCUGUGUUGCUCAGAAUCCAGCAGGCACUGCUGUGGGAAAGAUCAAACUAAAAAUUCAAGUCCCUCCAGCCAUCAAAUCUCAUCCUGAAGAAUAUGUGGUGGUGGUGGAUAAGCCUGUGACUCUGCCAUGUGAAGCCGAAGGCUAUCCAGCCCCUGAAAUUGCAUGGCAUAAAGACAGGCAGAAGGUUCCAGAGUCUGUGAGGCAACGAAUUCUCAGCACGGGGGCUUUGCAGAUCGCAUUCACUCAGCCUGCCGAUACGGGGAGUUACAUGUGCACUGCCACUAACGCGGCUGGAUCCAGCAGCUCCAGCAUGGAACUCACUGUGCUUGUCCCACCAAAGAUACACAGUUCAGAGGACCAUCACACAGUACUGGAACAUUCAGAAAUAGUUCUGUCAUGUGUUGCGGAUGGAAUUCCACCACCAUCCAUAAUUUGGAAGAAAGAUAGAGUUCUUUUAGCGAGCGCAAUGGGGACAGACAUGACUGCGCCAUGCAGAGAUCUUAUUAUAGACCGUGCUGUGCCUGAGGAUUCUGGCAGCUACACCUGUCUUGCCAGCAAUGUUGCUGGUGAAGAUUCCCACACUGUUAACCUAACAGUCCAUGUGCUCCCCACCUUUGUCGAACUCCCUGGAGAUGUGGCUUUAAACAAAGGAGAACGGCUUCAGCUCACCUGUAAAGCAACUGGCGUCCCUGUACCAAAAAUCACCUGGACUUUUAACAAUAAUAUUAUCCCAGCACAAUAUGAUGAUGUGAAUGGACUUAGCAAACUUGUUAUUGAAAGAGUAUCCAGAGAAGACUCAGGCACCUAUGUGUGCAUAGCAAAGAACCUAGUUGGUUCCAUCAAAGCUCUUGGAUUUGUGUAUGUUAAAGAGCCUCCGGUCUUCAUGGGAGAUUAUCAUUCCAGUUGGAUUGAGCCCCUGGGUGGCAAUGCUAUUCUUAACUGUGAAGUCAGAGGCGACCCACCUCCAACUAUCAAGUGGAGCAAAAAAGGAGUUGACAUCCAGAUCAGCAACCGGAUUAGACAACUGGGCAAUGGAUCCCUUGCUAUCUAUGGCACUGUAAAUGAAGAUGCAGCAGAAUACACAUGUGUAGCCACCAAUGACGCUGGUGUGGUUGAACAUCAUGUUACCCUAGCUUUACACAGCGCUCCUGUUAUCACAACUGAGCCAGUCGAAACAAUUGUGGAUGCCGGGACUACAGCAGUGCUGAACUGCCUUGCAGAGGGAGAACCUCCCCCAUCCAUUGAAUGGUCUCGCCAAGGCUGGCCUCUCCUUGGUGAGGACCGAAUGACCAUUCUGACAAAUGGUUCCUUGCGCAUCCUGGCUGCACGCAAAGAGGAUACUUCAGAAUAUGAAUGUGUGGCCAGGAACCUCCUGGGCUCCGUACUUGUCAAAGUGCCCCUCAUUGUCCAAGUACAUGGUGGCUUUUCUGAAUGGCUUGCCUGGCAGCCAUGCAGUGUGACCUGUGGCCAAGGUGUUCAAAAGAGGGUCCGUCAGUGUAACAACCCUUUCCCUGCCAAUGGCGGCCGGCGCUGCACCGAGCCUGAUCAUGAAAAACGCGGCUGUCAGAACAAGCUAUGUCCAGUGGAUGGCCAGUGGUCAGAAUGGGGGUCUUGGGAAGAAUGCUCUAGAACCUGUGGGCAAGGCAACAAGACAAGAACCAGAGCCUGCAGCCACCCUCCAGCUCAACAUGGUGGAAAGCCCUGUGACGGCCAUGCUGUGGAGGCAAGCAUCUGCAACAUGAGGCCAUGUCCAGUGAAUGGUGCCUGGGGGUCGUGGCUCCCAUGGGGACCUUGCAGUGCGACUUGUGGCAAAGGGACUCACAGCAGGUCAAGGCUAUGCAGUAACCCCCCUCCUUCAUUUGAUGGAUCCUCCUGUGAAGGACCAGAGGCGCAGGUGCAGGUCUGCGGUGACAGAGACUGCCCUGUGAAUGGAAAGUGGACUUCCUGGUCCAGCUGGAGUGUCUGCACUAUGUCUUGUGGAGGUGGCACACGCCAGAGAACGAGAGAUUGCUCAGACCCACCGCCACAAUACGGUGGCGACAAAUGUGAAGGGGAUGAUGUGCAGGUUGACUUUUGUAAUGACAGCCCUUGUCCCAUGCAUGGCAGCUGGGGCCCUUGGAGCAGCUGGGGAGCCUGCAGCCGAACUUGCAACGGCGGCCAGAUGAGGAGAUACCGGACCUGCGACAGCCCUCGCCCCCUCAAUGGAGGGAGGGCUUGUGCCGGGGCAGAUACACAGAUCCAGAGGUGCCACGCAGAGUUGUGUCCUGAGGACGGGAACUGGGGGACUUGGCAGCCCUGGAGCGCAUGCUCUGCUUCGUGUGGAGGAGGGGAGCAGACUCGAACGCGGCUGUGCAGCAGUCCACCCCCUUCUAACAAGGGGCGCCCCUGUCCUGGAGACGAGUCUCAGAUAUCCAGGUGUAACGCUCAAGCUUGUCCAGGUGGACCUCCACGCACCAGAGGCAGUGUCAUUGGCAAUAUCAACAAUGUUGAGUUUGGAAUCGCUUUCCUGAAUGCCUCCAUAAUAGAAAGUCCAGAUUUGGAUGCUAGAAGGAUACAAGCCAAAAUUACAAAUAUCCCUCGGAGUCUUGGUCCAGCAAUGAGAACACUAGUUUCUAUUCUGAGUCCUAUUUAUUGGACAGCAGCCAAGGAAAUUGGGGAAGCUAAGAAUGGUUUUUCCCUCACCAAUGCAGUUUUCAAGAGAGAGACACAAGUGGAGUUUGCGACUGGGGAAAUCUUACGAAUGACUCAUAUCGGCCGUGGCUUGGACUCAGAGGGUUCCUUACUCUUGGAUGUUGUUAUCAGUGGCCACAUAUUGCAGCCACAGUCAUCAGCUGAUGUUAAUGUAAAGGAUUAUACAGAAGAUUACAUUCAAAUAGGCUCUGGUCAGCUCUACGCUUACUCUACACGCCUCUUCAACAUAGAUGGAGUUAGUAUACCAUAUACUUGGAACCAUACCAUUUCCUACGAUCAGAAUCAUGGAGCAAUGCCUUUCCUAGUGGAAACGCUCCAUGCCUCUUCUGUUGAAACUGAAUACAGCCCACUUGAAGAAGCUCUGACUUUCAAAAUCCAUGCUUCUAUUACAAAAGGAGAACAUAGCAACCAAUGUCCUAAAGGGUUUGAUUUAGAUUCUUCUGGGCCCUACUGUCUAGAUGAAGAUGAGUGUACCGUUCGAAAUCCAUGUUCCCACAUAUGCCACAAUUCCAUAGGCACCUAUUAUUGCUCAUGUCCUAAUGGCCUUACCAUAUCCGCUGAUGGAAGAGCAUGCCAAGAUAUCGAUGAGUGUGCUUUGGGGAGGCAUUCGUGCCAUGCUGGCCAAGACUGUGAGAACAUGAUCAGCUCUUUCCGAUGUGUGGUUCGAUGUGGGAUUGGUUUCAGAAGAACGUCAGAUGGAUUGAGUUGCCAAGAUGUUAAUGAAUGCCAGGAGUUGAACCCGUGCCAUCAACGUUGCUUCAACACCAUUGGAAGCUUCCACUGUGGAUGUGACCCAGGAUAUCAGCUAAAAGGCAGGAAAUGCAUGGAUGUGAAUGAAUGUAGGCAAAAUGUGUGCAGACAUGAUCAGCUGUGCAAGAACACACGAGGUGGUUAUAAAUGCAUUGAUCUCUGUCCAAAUGGAAUGACCAAAGCAGAAAAUGGAACUUGUAUAGAUAUUGAUGAAUGCAGAGAUGGUACCCAUCAGUGCCGUUACAACCAGAUAUGUGAAAACUCACGGGGAAGCUACCACUGUAUGUGCCCAAGAGGGUACAGAUCCCAGGGAGUUGGAAGACCAUGUGUGGACACUAAUGAGUGUGAACAACUGCCUAAGCCUUGCGCGUAUCAGUGUGUGAACAGCCCCGGCAGCUUCAAGUGUAUCUGUCCCCCUGGACAACAUUUAUUAGGCGAUGGCAAAUCUUGUGCCGGAUUGGAGAGGUUGCCAAAUUAUGGCACCUACUACAGUAGCUAUAACUAUGCCCAGCUCUCCCCCAUGAGAGACAACUACCGACCUCAGCAAUAUAUCAGGCAAUCCUCCAGUCUCUACAGCUCCUACACAGAGUAUAGAAACAGCAGAGUUCCCAUCUCCAGGACUAAAAGGAAUGUUAGAAAGACUUGCCCUGAAGGCUUUGAGGCAAGAAAUAACAAAUGUAUAGAUAUUGAUGAAUGUGAGAACAGAGAUGCUUGUCAGCACGAGUGCAGAAACACCUUAGGAAGUUACCAGUGUUUCUGUCCAACAGGUUACCGAGUAACGCCCAAUGGCAAAACAUGCCAGGAUAUAGAUGAAUGCCUUGAUCAAGAUAUCCAUUGUGGACCAAAUCGUAUGUGUUUUAAUACAAGAGGAAGCUAUCAGUGCAUAGACACACCAUGUCCCCCAGAUUAUCUGCGAGAUCCUUUAUCUGGGUUUUGCCUCAAGAACUGCCCACCCAAUGACCUGGAGUGUGCCUGGAGCCCUUACACCUUGGAGUACAAACUGGUGUCCCUCCCUUUUGGGAUUGCAGCCAAUCAGGAUUUACUCCGGCUGGUUGCGUACACUGAAGAUGGAGUCAUGCAUCCAAGGACAAGUUUCCUCAUGGUCAACGAGGACAUGACAAUCCCUUUUGCACUCAGAGACGAGAGCUUGAAGGGCAUCGUGUACACCACCAGGCCUCUGCGUGAGCCGGAGACGUACCGAAUGAGAAUCAGGGCUCUGUCUUAUAGUGUCGAUGGAGCCAUUGAAUAUCAGACAACCUUCAUAGUUUAUAUAGCUGUGUCUGCCUACCCAUACUAGCAAAAGCACUG